UACAGAGGUGAAGGAGAGAGAAGAGCUGUUGCAUAACCUGAGAGAGAAAGAGAGACAGAGAGAGAGAGAGAGAGAGAGAGAGAAGCAGCAGCGCUUUAUUUGAAAAGCUAAUGGCGCCAAUACAUGUCGCUGUCCUGCUUUAGUCUAUACGGGUAUUUUUUGAUGGAUUACAAAUUAUCUCUACAGAAAUGACUGACUGUGGACGCGGUGAGCGGAGCGAGAGGCGCCGGUGUGUAAAACUACAGUGAACUUUGGAUGGUCUCUUCUUCUUCAGCUGUGUUGUUGCUUGUGCGCGUUCACGUUCAGCAGCAGCAUUAUGGACCCGGAGCCUUCAGUGUUUUAGCCUCCACUGUGUUCUGGUCCUCAUUAUCUUCUCUACUAGAAACCGUUCAAAUGCUGGAAUGGAUGGGCGCUGUGUGCAUCGUCCUCGUCCUGGUGGUCUCAGCCUGGCCGGUGCUGAAGCGCUUAGCGGAGGCGUGCGCUUCAGACACCGAGCACAAAGUGCAGGGUCCAGGUGCAGCAGCAGGAGCAGCUCCGCCGCUGGCGUUCAUCUGCAAACCCUCCGCACUGGCCAACUACCUGCUCCAGCACUGCAAGAGCUUCUGCAAGCCCGACUCGAUCCCGGCGUGGACCUGGAGGAGUGUCCCCUCUUUACAGACCGUGUUUGGUGCUCUGUGGCCGCACGACUCCACCGUCCAUUUCGUCCGUGAUCACUUACAGCUCAGUGACGACGGGCUGGUGGCUUUGGACUGGGCUGUUGGUGGUGGUAGUGGGACACAUCACAAGAGGAGGAGGACUUCAAGUAAUUCCACCAGCCCCAUUCUCCUGAUAAUCCCCAACUCUUUUGGGAAGAUCACCAGGAAUGUACUGAAGCUCUGUGAGGUGGGUCUGGCUCAUGGCUACCUCCCCGUGGUCUUUAACCGCCGCAGUCAGAAUGGGACGCCCCUCAGCACUGUUAAACUGCAGCAGUUUGGUGACCCGGCCGAUCUGAGGGAGGCGGUGCGCUACAUCCGUUACCGGCAGCCAGCGGGCCGUCUUUACGCGGUGAGCGAAAGCACAGGCUCAGGCCUCCUGCUCUCAUACCUGGGAGAGUGCGGCUCCUCCAGCUACAUGACUGCCGCUGCUUGCCUGUCCCCCAUCUUCCGCUGCCAGAGCUGGUUCGAAAAUGGUCCUACCUGGCCCUUCAAUUGGGCCCUUUUGCUCUACCAGAAGAUCUGCCUCAGCAGGUACAGAACAGCGCUGGGUGAGUUGAUCCACACAGAAAGCCUGUUCUCCAGCGGCUCACUGAGAGCCAUGGAGGAGGUGCUGUUCUGCCAAGCUGGCCUGAAGGGGGCGCAGGUAGAGGGGGCCUGGGAGGCCUACUGGGAACGAAAUGACCCGUUGAGGGAUGUGGAUGAGGUAGCCAUCCCCGUGCUCUGCGUAUGUAGCCGAGAUGAUCCUGUCCGUGGUGAGCCUCAAGCCACGCUACCCUGGGAGCUCUUCGAGACCAACCCUCACUUCUUCCUGCUGCUAACUGCCCUUGGAGGCCACUGUGGCUUCUCCUUCCCUGAGGAAGGCCCUGUGCUCUGGAGCCACCAGGCUGUUCUGGAGUUCUUUAGAGCUAGCACAGAGUUCUUCGCUGCUGAGGAACGGCUGAAGCAGUCGGCUAGACGGAGAGGGCUUAGCGGUGUUGGGAAGACUUUCCGCCAUCGCAGUGUAAGCACCUGCAAGAGGCUGCCUGCCUGCUCACACAACAUCCAUGCCAUCUACAACUGGCAGCGAUCCUACACCAGAUGAUGAGCUCUGAUGUGUCAGGUUUGAAAAGCAGCAAACUGUGGACCAAUGGUGCAAUGACAAUCAGACCAUUCUAAGCAUAUGUUAGAGAUUUGCUUUGAAGAGUUAUUGACUGACAAUGCAACUUUUUCAUUCACAAGCAUUUUGGUUUUGCGGAUAUACAACCACCUACACCAAAGGGUUUUUUCAUAAAUUUAGUCCCAUUUGGAUGCGUUUAGCACUUCAUUCCAAAAUCUAGAAGGUCAUCAUGUAAAAAUGCUCUACUUUACAGGUUUACUACAUUGGUGCUUCCAGUAUUUCAUUCCCUUAGCCAUUUCUUGUGUUCAUCUGGAAGUCUGUAAAUGUAUUUGAUGGUCUCACUGCCUUGAAACAUUGUGCACGUAAAAUGAUAAACAAAGCAUCUCCCAAAGACCUUGAAUACAAAUGUUAUCACAACUCUUUUACAUUGUACUAUUGUUUUUGGAGAGUGGCAGGAUAUUUAUAAUUGUUUCAUUGAUGUAUGUUUUAUGUGAAUAGUUGUCUGAACUGCUGGGGUUUUUGUAUACCACACUGAGGUUUGCAGGGUAGUAAUUUUCUUGUUGCAAUGGGUGGAACUAGCUUAUGACUUAUCACUGAAAACUCAAAUGCUGGAAGGUAUGCCAGCCUGUUGUUUUUUGUUGUUUUUUUUGUGUGUUUUUUUUGUAUUUUCACCAUUUGUAAUACAGUUUUUCUGUCGAAUCUGUGUUUUAUUGUUAAAUUAUCUACAAGCUCGAUGAAGGAUGUUAAUUAAAAGAUUUAUCUGAAAUCACAAA